CGAGGGGGAGGGGAGGCUCCUGCUGCUGUUGCCGCCACAGCUCUCGUCGCCGCCUCCCCUCCCCCUCCUCUUGUCUCUCCCCGGCGGGGGCUCCUCGCUACAGCCUCUCUGCUCCGCUCUCAGUCAUGUGACCCUAACGUAACCGGACAGGAAAAGCCGCCGCCGCCGCCGCGCUGACUCCGUUGUUGCUGCUGCUGCUGGGCGCGCGGAGACGGCGGGGGCCCCCCGAGAGCGCGAGCCAGAUUUUAAAAGAUGGAUUUGGCCAACCAUGGACUUAUUCUUCUGCAGCAACUUAACGCUCAGAGAGAGUUUGGUUUCCUGUGUGACUGCACAGUGGCUAUUGGUGAUGUCUACUUCAAGGCACACAAGUCUGUCCUUGCUUCUUUUUCAAACUAUUUCAAGAUGCUGUUUGUUCAUCAGAGCAGUGAAUGUGUCCGUUUGAAGGCAACUGACAUUCAGCCAGAUAUAUUCAGCUAUCUCUUGCAUUUGAUGUACACUGGGAAGAUGGCUCCUCAGCUCAUAGAUCCUGUUCGAUUAGAACAAGGAAUAAAGUUUCUGCAUGCAUAUCCAUUGAUUCAAGAAGCCAGCCUUGCCAGCCAAGGAAACUUUGCACAUGCUGAGCAAGUUUUUCCACUGGCAUCUUCAUUGUAUGGUAUUCAGAUAGCAGAUCAUCAGACAAGAAACCCCACAAAAACCACUUCAGCAGCUGACAAACCAGUGCGAGAACCAAGGCCACAACCAUCCAGAGUAAACCAAGAACAGGUGCAUGAAGGUUCUCAGUCAUCACAAUUACCACCAACAACUCUGCCUCAAGUGCCCCAGACAAAUAUGGCCCCUUCUGACCCACUGCAGUCUUCAUUGUCUCCAGAAUUGGUUCCGGCUGCUCCUCACUCUUCUCCACCAGGAGAUGAAACUAACAUGGAGGCCUCUUCUUCAGAUGAUCAGCCUGCUUCUCUCACAAUAGCACAUGUCAAGCCAAGCAUUAUGAAAAAGAAUGGAAGCUUUCCCAAAUACUAUGCUUGCCACCUCUGUGGCCGAAGAUUCAAUUUGCGUAGUAGCUUGCGUGAACACCUUCAGAUUCACACAGGAGUGCCAUUCACAUCAAGCCAACAUGGAGAAAGUAGUGUUCCUCUGUCUCUUUGUAACAAUGCUCCUGAAAAAGAUGCUAUGGAAGUGCCUGAAGCUGGAAUGAUUAGUGACAGUGAGCUGCAACAGAUCUCAGAUUCGCCAAUAAUUGAUGGACAGCAGCAAGCAGAAACACCACCACCCUCUGACAUAGCUGAUAUAGAUAACUUGGAACAGGCAGAUCAAGAAAGGGAAGUUAAAAGACGCAAGUAUGAAUGCUCUAUUUGUGGACGCAAAUUCAUUCAGAAAAGCCACUGGAGAGAGCACAUGUACAUACAUACUGGAAAGCCUUUCAAGUGCAGCACCUGUGACAAAAGCUUCUGCCGGGCCAAUCAAGCUGCUAGACAUGUGUGUCUAAACCAAAGCAUGGACACAUACACCAUGGUAGACAAGCAGACUUUGGAGCUUUGUACUUUUGAGGAAGGCAACCAAAUGGACAACAUGUUGGUACAGACCAACAAACCAUAUAAAUGCAACUUGUGUGACAAAACAUUCUCCACUCCCAAUGAGGUUGUCAAACAUUCGUGCCAAAGUCAAAACUCGGUCUUCACUCUAGAAGAAGAUAGAUCCAUUCUGUUAGGAGGUGGGGAUGGUGAAACCACAGAGAGUGAUCACUCUGUCCUAGACUCUAUCAAAAAGGAACAGGAAGCAGUGUUGUUAGACUGAUUGAGACUAACAUCAUUUUUUUUAAAGUUCAUUUUAUUCAUUUUUACUAAACUCUUCCCCUCCCCCAACUGAAAUUACACUGACAUGAAAAGAAGUCUGACCUUUUCCCAGCAAAAAGCAUAAAAUGAAUAAAGAGUAUUGUAUUAAAUCAUAACAAUUGAUUUUAAUACAGAGGACAAUAUGUAUGGGUAAUUCAGCUAACUAUGUGACUAUUGAUAGAAAAUGUAUCUAACAAGUUCUAAGCAAUUUUAGGCUAUUUAAAGAUAUACUUGAAUGCAAUGGGAUGCAAGAUGUGAAGAAGACUGAAAAGAAACAAAAUAAAUAUACAAAAUAAAUAUAUAAAGUACAGUUAUUUUCCCUUCUGACAAUUUGCCGUUUAAAGAAAGAGUAGCUUAAGAUCCGGAAUUCUUACAGUUCUACACUUAUAAACUGUACAGUAGUCAAUUUACAAAAACUCAGAAAUCCCCAUAAUGAAUGAAGGAAAUUUCUUUGGUGCACAGGGUUGGGGUGUUGGUUUUUUGUUGGGCCUUUUUUCUUUUUUUUUGGUCAGGUGUUUGUUUCCAGAUAACUUCAUUGGCAUUAUGUUGAUUUAAAAAGCCUAAUACUAAAGCAGUGAUUCCUGGCAUACUAACUUGGAAAUAAAUCCCACUGAGAGCAAUGAGACUUCCAUUUCCAAGCAAAUGUGUUUAGGAUCAGAUUUUUACGGAAAUUGCAGUAAUAAUGUGAUGGCAAUCGUUUUAUAUACAUAAAAAGUUUGUGUGUGUAUACUUCAUGUAUAUGCAGGUAAAUGUAUGCAUGGAUAUUCCCAGACAAACUUUCUGAAGAACAGUUGAAUAACUUUUAAUGUCUGAUAUUGGGUCUUUUAAAAAAUAUUUUUAAACUUGUCCGGAAUAUAUGCAUUUUUUUGUCCUGCAGAAUGGAAACUAGUGAUGAUAAUGUUGCUGAAUGUUGUCAACCAAGACUUGGAGGAAACCAGAGAAACCAAGCCCUGUGCUAUGUUCAAAGUGUGAGGGAGUGAAGGUUCUGAGUCUUUCCAGGGUCAGAGGGGAAAAAACAUUUUGGUUUAUUCAUCAAAUCGUAAUCCUGAGUAAUCCUUGUUUACUUGAUUAAUGUGUAGGAAUUAAGAAAUCUGGUCUUUUGUUAAGCUACUAGUGUCUUCUUGAAACACUGCAGAGUAAAGGAAGAAUGAUGAAAAUACAUCAUGGUUGGUUUUCUGGUAAUACUGCAGUGUCAAGCAGGAACCUGUAUGUUUUUUAUGUUCCAUUCCCAUAGGCUCCUGCUGGGGAAAGUAUGCAAAAAAUAAGGGGGAUGACAUUAAAUGUUUUUGCUCAGAAUAGUAUCGUCUGCAAAUUUAAAAUCAAGUUGCUGAUUUUUAAAUUUCUUUUUAAUAUAUAAGUAACUGAAUAUACUCCAGUAGUAUAAGAAAAAGCCUAAGUCAACAGGAGUGACUUUUGAACAGUUUUUUGUACUGGUGGCAAGGUUUCAGUUAGCUAAAGCACCCCGUCAGAAAUGGAGCCAGUGUGUGUUUUGAUUGGGGCUGGGGGAGAGGCAGAUAUAGCUCUGCUCUUGUAUACACAUUUUAUUUGAAUAUCAUCCUAUUUUGUGUCUAGUUAUGUUUUCCAGUUUGUAAGUUUUUAUACAUUAUUUCACUUAAUAAAAAAUUGUAUAAAAUGGA